AUGUCGUUUGAUCACAGGAAUAUGGCGGGAAACGAGGAUCUUAUAAAGCGCCUUUUCAAUAAGGUUUACAGUGCUAUUCUUAGUGAAAAAAUUUUUUGUCCUCCUGAAACUGCUGUCUAUUUGGCUGCAUAUGCCUGUCAAGCAAAAUUCGGUCCUGCACAGUCUCUUAGGAAUCCCGUGCCUCCGGUCAAGGAUCUCCUGCCAAAGAGCACUCUUGACAACCACAACCUGUCCAUUACUGAGUGGGAAGAGCGAAUUUCAAAGUGGCAUCUUAAACUCCGGGACACCUCAUUCCUCGAUGCGAUCGUCGAAUAUCUGGAUAUUGCUCAGGAUGUGGAACUUUAUGGAGCCUCAAUUUUUGAGGUGGAGACAAAAAAUCAAGGUCGACAGUGGAUCAGCUUAGACGCUGUUGGACUUAAUGUCUAUGAUAGUAAAAGGAAGCCACCAACAAAACGAUAUAUUUGGUCGGAUAUAGCCUCUUUCAGUGCCUGGGAUGACAAGAUUGAAAUUGCUCUCGUUCAUGAACCCAAACAGGUUACCACGUUCUUCGUGCAGAAUUCGCAGACAUGCAGCCUUUUGGAGAGCCUCUUUAAAGGCAGUAAGGAGCUUUACGCGCGUCGGAGGAAGGGCGACGUCUCCUCCAAAUAUGUGCGUCGGUCCGAGAGCAAUUCAAGUAUGCGAAUGAGACCACACAAACUGACUCCGAUGGAGUUGUUGGCACUGGAGCAACAAAUCACUGAAUUGGAACUAGAAUUACCCCGUCGGGCAACAAACUACGAGUAUGCAGCAUGGCAAGUGAAGGACCAGCUUCGACAGGCCCGAGGUAUUGAGAUAAAGCUUUCACUCAACGUUCCUUCGACCGAUGAAACCCGUCUGCUUCAGCACCGUGUCGCGCAAAUCCGCGUCUUUCUGGAGCAGGACUUCUUCAAAGAGAAAGCGAUCCGUAUUGGUGGCACGCUGACAAGCCGAUCAGACGAUUACUGUUCAGACAUCGACUCGGGAUCAGAAAGAAAUGUUGUGCCCCCGUGGACCCUGCCGUCCAAACCCUUGCAGAAAGACGAUCAUGCUUCCGUGCCGAAGUGGAAUUCAUCGUCCAAACCUUCACAGAAGGGUGGUCAAGGUUCCGUUCCAGAGUGGAAUGCAUCAAUCAUAUCACAACAAGAUGAUCAGGAUAAAAGCACACCAUCGCAGCCGCGGCAGCAGCCACUUCCACAACCUUCAGCAGCUCAAAAUGCAACGCCAAAUUCAGUGACUUCGUCAUCGGAAACGGAGGUCCAUGGAUAUGUGGAACAUCCCUACCCCAGUGGCAACAAGCAACAGUUGGAUCCGCCACAAUCCACGAUGCCAGAUUUGCCCGAAUCCCUUCUCCUCAAUCAUAUGAAUCAGCCAAAGUCGUUCACAAGUGACGCUUCCAAGAAACCGGCUACUUACAAUCCAGAUGCCUAUCCAAAGUUCCCUGAUCGUCCAAUGAACCCACUCGCUCCUACCCAGCCGCCACCAACGUCCACAGGUUCCAUUCAGGGUGGACUAGGUUAUCCAGACGGCCGUGGCAGCGAGGAAAUGGAUCCUCCAGGCUUAGUAACUUCACCAAAUGUUUGGAAACACGUUCUUCGCACGCCUGGACAAGAUCCAUCCGACCAGUUCGCCAAGGGUCGAAUUCACGGACAGUUGGUCGAACCAGAGGAUGUUCAACUAGCCUACCGACCACCAAUUCAACCGAAGCCCAAAGUGCCCCCACGUGGAACCGCAGAUCCUCGAAUGGUAGUACCCGACUACUACGCUGGUGUUGAAGCUUCCCGUGGUCCGGGUCAGGAUCCCAAGUUUUCCUCUCUCAAGGUCAUCCAAAGCGGCUACACCAAGAAGCGUGUUGAUCUCUUUGAAGCACUCUAA